CCCAUUCAGUUGUAGUCUGUCUAAAUCCGAGGAGAAAAUAGUUGGAAGUAAUUUUCAUUGGUAUUUUUUUAAUUUUCGAAGAUGAAACUUCAUCACAUCAUUUUAAUUUACUUCUGUACAUCAGUUAUUGUGGAGUCUUCAAAGGAUCACGAUGUGAUGAUAGAGCCUAUCGACUACGGCUCCGUGAGCUACUUCACUACGGGAGUGAAGAAGUCGAUCAUCUGCAGAGGAGUCAACAAAAAUCAAAAAGUGGAAUGGGUGGACCCCUCCGGGAAGGUAGUACCUCGUCAGGGUACGAAGCGGGUGUACGGCCAGGAGCACUUCGUCCCCUCGCUGAAGUCGCGAGUCCCGGCGCUGGUCCUCACUCUCUCACGGACAACGGUGUCUGACACUGGUAUCUGGACCUGCCGCUCUGGGAAUGUACACCGUGAAGUCUCCAUAUGCGUCAUUGAUCCGGCGGAGUUUGUUAGCACGUCAACCGAGAUAACCGCCGAUAGAGGCCGGUCCAUCACACUCUCGUGUCAGGCCAAAGGUGACCCGGAACCGAGAAUCGUCUGGUACAGGAAUGGGGAUGUUAUAACUGACCAAACGAACCCCACGAAAUACAAGAUAAUGCGAAAGUUCUCCCAUGAAGGAUUUGAAGGUCUCUUAACAAUCGUUGCUUUGAACAGCCAGGAUAGCGGCGUAUAUACGUGUGGAUCCAUACAGGAGAACCCCAUACUGCCGGAGUGUGCCCUCAAUAAAAACUUGAAUGUUACCCUUCAUGUGAAUUAUCCGCCAUUCUUUGAAGUCGAAAAUGAAACCGCUUUGGUACCAGGAAUGGAAAACAAAAGCGUCGACCUAGUGUGUUCAGCAAAUGGUUAUCCAGCACCAAAGUACAGGUGGUUCAAAGACAUCGGGAACAUGCUAAGCGAGUACCCUAAAGACGACACCCAGAACGAUGACAAAUCUGUCUUAACUAUAACCGCAACCGAAUUUACUUUCGGCCAACGAUAUAUUUGCCGAGCCUCGAAUAUGUACGGAACGGUAGAAAAAACAUUCGAAAUCUACAAAAUGGGUCCUCCGGAAAAACCGAGUGAUGUAAUUAUUGAAAAUGCAGCCGAAGAUAAUUUGGGAAUAAAAAUUACAUGGAACGAUCUAGUAAAAUUUCCGAUCGAUGAAAUAAACAUACAAUACAAGGAGUGUGCGGAGGGUGAUGAACUGAAAGGAAGUGAAUUUGAUUUUAGAGACGCAGAAACUAUGACAAUAAACGAUGUUAUUUCCGAUAAAGUUCCGCAAAGUUUUGACUCCGUUGUUUCAGCAGUUCUGAAAGAUUUACGACAAGAGGCCGCUUACUGUAUAAGAGUUCGCGCAUCAAAUGAAGUUGGUGUAUCCCCCUGGUCUGAGGUAGCAGUGGCCUCGACUACGAAGUCAGAAUCUCUCGAAGACCAUAAAAGCGAACCAAUUGUAUCUAUACAGUCUAACACGUUUUUCUACGGUAUAUUUUUUGGCUGUGGCAUAGGAAUAGUUGCUGUGGCUUACAUGUUUGCUAUACGUCUUGUGUGAAUUAUAAUAACUAUUUUACAAUAACUAAGUUUAAUU